GCGGAGCACAUGAUGAUUGUUAUCGUAAGCAAACCUGGAUGAGUUUGUGUCACAGAAUCCCGUGCAAUGAAAGGCAUUUUAGUAUUCAGCGAACUGAAUGAUAUCUUAUUUGUUAACACAGACCAUGAUUUUAAAUUACAUUUGAGAAGGAAGGCGCUUGAAGCACAAUUAAUUCAGGCUGAAGACUUCCAGAAGGAUGAGUUGGAUUCAAAUGUUAUUGUUCAGCUUUUCUCACCACUUGUCAACUCACAGCGCUUCAUGAUAGAGACAGUGCAAAACCCUUACACAAGCAUAGAAUGUGAAAAUGGUUUCCUUUUUGUAUUUAAACAGUUUCAGGACCAGUUACACAUAGCCAUCAAUGGAGAUGGAUCAGAGGCUGAAGAUUUUCUGCACAGAAAGUUGCUCGUUUUCCAAAGGUUGCUCAGUUUUUUGUUUGGUCCAGCCAUAGAAAGAUUGCGUCCAGACUUGACAGCAGCUCGUAAGGCAACCUGGAGUAGAGUGUCACACCUGGUGGACACGUGGUGCACCCUGGUGGAGAGUGAUCAGGCGUUUCUUGUAGAGGCCUUUGAGCGACUUAAUGUAAACCAGGCAGUAAAUGGCAUGUGCAUAAGUAUACUGGAGUCUUGUCUGGAAAAGCUACGGAGUGGAGAAGAUAGAAAUGCUAUUCAUGCAUUGCUUCUUGUUAAUACUAAAUUAUUAGCCUUGUUUUCAAGUCGCAAUGCAUGGGAACUCCAGUCAUCAGACAUGUUACUCCUGACAUUGCUAGUGCAGUCCCAGUUUCGUCUGACACCAGAGGACGCUAGUGCUGAAUUUACAGACACUGUCACACACAAUACUGUCAAAGAAACAAAAACGCCGUUACUCAGAAAGAAAACUCUCAGUUUUCAGAGUCUAGCAGAUGAUGAUAGUAAUGAAAGUGACCAAGAGCAGUUCUUUGACCCAAGAGCAACUCCUGUUGAUGAUAGUAAUACCUCAGUCCACACCCCACCAUUACCAGGAGGAGCGUUGGAAGUGCAUGUUGACAAGGCAGUGCAAGAUGUAGACAGCAAGUGGAAUAAGAUUGAAAAGGAUAAAGUUGUCAGCUAUUUAAAUCAACCAAAAAGACAUAGUCUUCCUUCUCCAAAGCUAGAAAAUUCUAUCAAUUCUCUGUAUAAGUCACUAAAAGAUUUGUUCAGCUCUUUAUAUCUGCUUGGAGAUGAACAGUUAUCUAACAGUGUGAUAUAUGGCUUGCAGUCUCAUGCAAAAGGCCGUCUGGAUGACUACAAGGACUAUUUAGCUGUCAAAGCUCAAAGAAACAUCACCAUGACAAAUUAUCUGGAGGAGUUUCCUGGCCUUGUCCACUUCAUCUACAUUGACCGCUCCACUGACCAGCUGACCGCCCCCUCCAUCAACAUCACCAUGGAAGAUUUGCCAGAGAAAGCUGAUGUGACUCAGAACAUAAAAAGCAAGAUCUGGAGCAUUGUUCGCUGGUUUCAGAUAAAGCUUCAGCAAGGUUUUACCACAAUGACAGUCAGGGAUGGGGACUUCUUCUAUUCCUACUGUUUAUGGUUUGAAGACAGUGGUGGAAACAUUAUAGCUCCUCUCCGCCCUUUCCAUGGGGGAAGUCUGGAGCACCCUCCAGGGAUUAUUGCAGAAAAUUCUUAUAGGUUGCUGAGGCGCCAGUGUUUCCCAGGCAUUUCGCUGAGUGGUGUGUACUGUUAUGAGCUGGUAUGUGUGCACAUUGGGUUGGUGCCAACCAAAUAUGUUGUGGAUCACUGGAGAAGACUGUAUGCACUUCUGUGGGAAUCCUCAGAGAUUCUGUGGUAGUAGGGGGACAUAUAAAUAGGUGGUGGAAUUUUGGGGAAAAAAAGACCUCAGUCCUGUGGUUUUGUUUAUAUUCAAUACAUUCAGAAAAUGCUGUAGUUUAAUUUUUUGCCCAAUGGCUGAUAAUAAAUUUAAUGAAGGCUAAUUUUCUUCUAAAAGAAUACAUGUAUUGAUACAAAAUUAUUUGACCCAAAAUAUGCUGUGAUGGUUAGACCUAAAAAAUACUGUGAUAUGGCAGAACAACUGAUAAUGUCAGAAAAAAAGUUUAUGCGAAUAUC